AUUAAGGAAAAAGGUCUCCGCAAAAAAAAGUUUUCUACCGGCUUCCUUCCUCCUCUGUUUCUCCGACGCAGCUCGAUUCCUAGGGUUAGGGCAGGCUCUCUCUCUCUCUCUCUUUUUGCUGUUAGUUUCUGUCUAAGAGGAAACGGAAUCGUUUUGUUAGCUUAGUGAUUGAAAUGGUUCAGCUGCCGAAUUUCGGCAAGCUCCGGUCAGAGUCGAAAGAGCACUUCACGGCGAUGCUGGAGGCGCCGGAGACGGUUAAGACGGAGAUCGAGGACCCCUUGGAUGAAAUGUAUGGUCCUGUUGACAAGAGAUUAAAGAUGGUUGAGGGGGCGGAACAGCAGCUGGAAAGCAAGCUAGUUAUGCCUCCACGUGCAGUUUAUGAUCCGCUAGAUGAGCCCAGCCCGCUGGGUCUGCGUUUAAAGAAGAGCCCUUCUUUCUUGGAUAUGAUUCAGAUGAGGCUUUAUGAGGAAAAUUCUGUUUCAACAUCAUCUGCUGCAAGCACAGGCUUAGAGAUCGGGAAAAAGAAGGAACUGAAAUCUACAGCUGUUUCAGGCAGUCUUGACAAGAUGAAAGCCUCAAACUUUCCUGCUUCUAUUCUAAGGAUUGGGAAUUGGGAGUAUGUUUCAAGGUAUGAAGGUGAUUUGGUUGCAAAGUGUUACUAUGCAAAACAUAAGCUUGUCUGGGAGGUCCUUGAUGGUGGACUGAAGAACAAGAUUGAAAUCCAAUGGUCAGAUAUUACAGCACUGAAGGCAACUUGCCCAGAUAAUGGCCCUGCAACUUUGGAUAUAGUGCUUGCUAGACGACCUCUUUUCUUCAGGGAAACCAAUCCUCAACCGAGAAAGCAUACGCUAUGGCAGGCAACCUCAGAUUUUACUGGAGGCGAAGCAAGUAUUCAUAAGAGACAUUUUCUACAAUGCCAUCAAGGUUUGUUAAAUAGACAUUUUGAGAAACUUCUCCAAUGUGAUCCACGUCUGAAAGCACUAAAUCAGCAACCAGAGAUUGUGUUGGAGUCUUCAUGCUUUGAACCAUCAUGCUUGGAGGACCAAGAUGAGUCCAAGGGCCUUGGGUUUGAGAAUAUGAAGGACAAUCAUGGAUCCUCUGCUGGAUUCCUUGAUUCCAAACUACCCCGUCCAAAGACUGAAUCAAGGGAUAAAGUUGACCCAGUGCUAGAUCUUUCAGCAAGGCAAAUGCAUUUCGAUGAUUCAGGCGCUUCUGCCAAGGGAGCUCAGCCUAUUGAAGAAAAUGUCUACCAACAAACAAGCAAACCACCUGUGCAGUGGGAACAGCCUAAAGAACCGAAACUCAGAACCUCCAUGUCCAAACAUGAUUUGGUUAGCCAUCUAGAACAACGCAUCUCUGAGCAAAUGGCUUCAGGAAAUCCCCCCUUCUCAGCUGACCGCCUGCCCAACAAGGCAAAACUAGAAGAAUUGGCUGAGCAUCUUCUCACCGAUUCUCAAACCUGUGUUACUGAUGAAAAAUCUCUCAUGUCCAAAGUAAACUCUUUCUGCAGCCUCCUCCAAAAAGAUUCUUCGUUUCAAAACCUGCUAUCCACAACAGAAGAACACCAAUAUUUUCCAGAAGAUGAUUCCAAACAAUCCUCAGAGAAGAAAGCUAUUGAUGACUCCCAACCCUGUGGUCUUACCAGAAAGGAAUCAUUCGGUGAAUUGCUGAUGAAUCUGCCUCGAAUCGCUUCAUUCCCACAGUUCUUAUUCUGCAUUGCUGAGGACAAUGAUGACUAGAGCUCUGCUUCUCUGUAAAAGCAUAAUGUGAAUGAGGUUAGUUCUGCUGUUUGGUAGUGCUUUCUUUUGUUUUUCCCCCCUCACAUUAAAACUAAAUUAGAGCAAGCUUUUGUUUCAAAUUUCUGUUUUUAAUGUGUGAAUAAACUUUGUAUAAUCUUAUUUUCUCCUUGAUGCUUUCUUUAGCUGUUGAACACUA